AUGGCAAGACUACAAGCUGCCCCUCAGACCAACACUCGUCCACGACUCCUGGCGCAGCACGCCAUCAAUACUGGCCUCCCGACACCCUCGCCCUCACGAUCGCCCGCUCGUGGUGCUGCCUCACGACCGAACGCCUCACUACCGGUGACGCCAUCAUUAGAUACAGAGCCACGGAGUCGUGCUCUAACACGACUCCCAUCGUCACGCACUGCCAGAGAAUCUCAAGUCGUGGACAUUGAUGAUAUCCAAAGUGACGGAGAUGAGAACCCAUCCACCGAUGAGGUAACCACAUCAACCUUCGGAGAUUGGGAAACACCCGAGAGACUAUGGGAUCACAACGCCGCGGAACGUAUUCAUCCGCUCUCCUCGAGCAAAGGCAAAAAGAGAAAGAGCAAGGAAUAUGACGCCGAUGCCGUGGUGCCUUCAACCGGCAGGCGCCCGAAGAAGCGCUUGACGAAAAGCCCCGCCCCUUCGUUAGAUCCUGGCGACUUCGACGACAGUCUGAUGCAAGCCGUGUGUCACUCAGACAGCUAUGUUGGCCCACGAAGGAAGCGAUCCGCCACGUCAAACGGGGUCGAGUCCGAUACAAUAUCGAGCGCUGGAUUUCACGACCUAUCGGAUUUUGAAGAGGCUGGCCCCACGCAGCGACCGUCCAAGGUCAAAUGUGACACUGAUCCGAGUCAGGAUCAUCAUGGCCCAUCACGCGUUGAUAUUGUGCCAGAUUCUGACGACGAAGGAGAUAUUAUCAGUCCUACCAAAAAGUCUAAAGCUCUUUCCCUGUCGGAUCCGGGCUCCGUAGCUUCUAUAUCGCUGCCAGAAACCCGACUCAGCGAACCUGUACGAGACUUGGUCACAAAUCGGUCUCCGGGUACCCAGGUCUUACGAUCACGUGAAGCUUCGCAAAAUCCUCCUGCGAGCAGUGGAAAGCAGCCUACAACUGGAUCGAGUUCGGCUCAGGAAUGCAGCGGGCCCCCUCUUGAAAAAUUGACAGUGGCGGAAAAGGCGAUCGUCAAGGACUUCAUGUUGGUGAGAUCAGAGCGUAUUGAAGACUUGAUCCGCCGCCUCGAAAUCUCCUCGAAGGCGGCAAAUGCUGAAUAUUCGCAACACCUUUCCGAAGCCGGAGAGGUAUCUGCCAGUCUGAAGCAGAGAAAGAAACUUGCUGCUGAUAGGCUGAAGGCCACGCGUAAGGUCCUCGAGCUACGAGACGGACUUGUUCACACUCUGGAGGAGAAGCAUCAAAAGAAGACACAUCUAAACAAUCUGCUGGACGAGGGACAUGAAGAGGAUUCCGACGACGAGCACAACAUACCAAGCGCAUUAUGCAAACUGAUAGUGCGACUCGUACAUAUUGUCGAUCAGCGAGAGUCGGAGCUCUUUCACCAACUUCAAUUGGCCGGCUUGUCGAAAGAGUCUACCCGAGCUGAGAUGUUCAAUACGGUCGCAAAGGGCCGCCCCUCUGCCACCCCUGCUGGCGCCAUUGGAGUUCUGGUCGCGUCGACUCAAAAACCCCGUACACGAAGCCCAGAAAAAUUGCACGAGCCUCCGUAUCGAGUCGAGGAUCAUGCAAGUCAACCUGUCAUUCAGACGCCUGUGCCGAAACAAUUCUCACCGAAGAACAAGCUCCAUCGCCAACAGUUCUUGCCGCCUGAAGAACCGUCAAUGACCCCCUUUCCGCACCGAUAUUCAUCUGAGCGUCCAUCUGAGGACCAUCAUGCUGAUCGUUCACCGAUGCCACGCCGGAUUAAACCGUCAUCUUCCGGCAUGUCCUUCUCGGCACACAUGGGCAGUCCUAGUGAAGUGGCGUUUGCAGAUGAGAACUUCGAGAUGGACGAGGAUGAUACAGAUCUCCUAGAUGCAGUAAAUGCAUAUGAUCAGAAUUCAGGAGCCCCUGGUAUCAGCAGAAACGUUCGUGGAACUAGCCGGCCCGCCAUGGGUGAGCUAAGCACCAAUGUACGACAUUUCGACAGCACUCAAUUAGCGCCAGCCUCCAUAACCCAGCCAGACCCUGCUUUGGAGAAGCAUCCGUGGUCUUCGGAUGUGAGAAAAGCUCUUGCCAAGCGUUUCCGCCUUAGGGGAUUUCGGCACAACCAACUCGAGGCGAUUAACGCCACGCUGGCAGGCGAUGAUGCAUUCGUACUGAUGCCCACUGGAGGAGGGAAGUCACUCUGCUACCAGCUCCCAUCCAUCAUUCAAUCGGGCAAGACUCGCGGAGUCACAGUCGUCAUCUCACCUCUACUGAGUCUCAUGCAAGAUCAGGUAGAUCAUUUGACUCAGAUACAUAUCCAAGCCUCGUUGUUCAACAGCGAAAUCACGCCUGAACACAAGAAGCUCGUACUCCAGUACUUAUGGGGCCCUGAACCUGAGAAAUUUGUCCAGCUACUCUACGUCACGCCGGAAAUGAUGAGCAAAAGCACCAAAAUCCUGGAAGUUCUACAGAAAUUACACCGAACCAGGAAACUUGCCCGCAUUGUCAUCGACGAGGCACAUUGCGUCAGUCAAUGGGGACACGAUUUUCGCCCCGACUACAAGGAACUCGGCAAGGUGAGACGGCAGUUCCAUGGCGUUCCUGUCAUGGCUCUUACCGCCACAGCUACCGAGAACGUGAAGAUCGAUGUGAUGCACAAUCUGGAAAUGGACAACUCCAAGAUCUUCACACAAAGCUUUAACCGGCCGAACUUAUCCUACACUGUGCUGAAGAAAGACAGGAGCAUACUCACAAGCAUGGCUGAAACUAUCAACCGCUCUUAUCGCGGACAGACUGGGAUCAUCUACUGCUUAUCGCGCAAAAGCUGCGAGACUGUUGCCAAAAAGUUACGGGACGAGCACGGUAUCAAUGCGGCACAUUACCAUGCCGGUAUGGAACCAGAAAAUCGUGUUGCUGUUCAAAAGAAAUGGCAACGCAACGUUUUCCACGUCAUUGUUGCAACCAUAGCAUUCGGCAUGGGCAUCGACAAGCCAGACGUCCGCUUUGUGAUGCAUCACACUCUGCCAAAGAGUCUCGAGGGGUAUUAUCAAGAGACUGGCCGUGCAGGGCGUGACGGGAAGCCAUCGGGUUGCUAUCUCUAUUAUGGAUUUGGUGACACGACUCAAUUGUGGCGCAUGAUCAACGAUGGAGACGGUAGCUGGGAACAGAAGGAACGACAGAAGCAAAUGUUGCGAAACGUGAUUCAGUUCUGCGAAAACAGAAGCGAUUGUCGCAGGUUGCAAGUGCUCGCGUACUUCAAUGAGCACUUCUCAGCCGACCAGUGCCAAGGUACGUGUGACAACUGUAACUCUUCGAGUGUCUUCGAGAUGCGCGAUUUGUCCGUCCACGCCCGUCAUGUGGUUCGGCUGAUUGAGCAGCUGGCCCGGGCUCAAGUGACCAUGAGCCACUGUAUUGAUAUCUACCGAGGCGUUGGGGGCAAGAAGAUGGCAGACCUAGGUCAUGACCAGCUGGAACAAUUCGGGCUGGGAAAGGAACUUGAGCGCGAGGAUGUGGAUCGUCUGUUUUAUCGACUGGCCGCAGAAGAAGCCAUCGAAGAAUAUCAGCUGCAGAACCGCAUGGGGUUUCCAACUCAAUAUGUACGGCCAGGUCGUCUCUGGGACGCAUUCGAUCGUGGAAGCUCGAAGCUCACUAUGCAGUGUCGAGUGUCGCCCAGAAGCAAGGCAAAGGCAAAGGCGCCUGCCAAAGGCAAGAAGAAGAAAGUUUCUACGGGGGUCGAAGCUGCAUCGGACAAUUACCCAGCUUUGACAAACGUUUCCUCACCUCUCCAAGCCCGAACCGCACCUCGUUUGGCCCGCAAACAACGCAUUGUCGAAUCUGACUCGGAUGAAGAUUCCCAAUUCGAGCCCGUCCGUCGAGCAGGGGUUGCUCAGCCGACUAGAAAGCGUGGGCUUGGGCCGCCAAUUACCAUUGAUCAGAAGCUAGCCAAUUUGGAUGAAAUGCAUCAGCACGUUCUCGAAGACUUCGUGGAGAGGGCUCGGGACGUGGUGCAGAAGGUUAUGAUUGAGAACAACAUGCGAAGGAGGGCCAUUUCUGAUACCAUGCUUCGAGAGAUGGCGAUUGAAUUCCCACGCACCGAAGGCGAAUUGCUACGCAUCAACGGAAUGACGGAGGACUACCUGUCAAUUUAUGGGCCGGACCUGCUUAGGUUGAUCGAAACGGCUCACAGCAACUAUCUCGCGAUCAAGAGUGCGCAGGAAGACGAAGCAAACGACGACGGCCCUGGCCGUGCUGAGUUCGUAGAAAUCAGUGACGAUGAAGAUGACUUUAUCGUGGAUGAUGAUGAUGACGACGAUGAUGAUAAAAGCGAUGCUAGUCCUUCAGGGAGAAGUCGCUACUUUGACGCAGGCAAUGAUGUGGAGCAGUACAACCGUCAGAUAUCUCAGAUGUGGACUUAUAAUGCGGCAUCGGAAGACGCCGGGAUCAGCGCGACCAAGGCAAGCUCUCAGUCAUACCCGACUAACACGAGCAAAGGCCAUGGCAAAAAGAAAGCUAGCGCACGUAGCUUUGCCAAGGCAAAAAGCGGCGCAGGUGUUAGCAAAAAGAAGAAAUCGUCAAUGGGCUCGAGAUCCAGCGCUGGCAAGGCAGGCCCAAGUAAGAUCACAUCCUUCUCUUCACGGAAGAGGGGGCCGAGCAGCAGCAAGGCGGGUGGUCGUUCUGCGAAUGGGAGCGGCGGCGGCGUCAUUGGCAUGAUGCCGACCUGA